CAGAUGUGGAGUUUAUUCCUCAUGGUCUUCCCAUCCUGAGUUGUGAUGGCGGUCGUCGUUGGUCAUUUCCAGGGACAUAUGUGCUGUUUGGAUGGAUCUUUUUGAUGAGAGGAAGGAUUUAUUGAGGCAGCUGUGAAAGCAAACUCUGGAUGGAGAUGAGUCAAGUGGAAGUGGAGGAGAGCAUCAUGUCAUACCUGUCACAGAGCGAGACUGACGCCAGCCCCAAAGACUUGAAUGUGGUGGCGAUGCUCCAUAACUUCUGGGAUCAGAGGCAGACGACUCAGUCCAACGGUUCCUCUGAUGAAUCAGACGGUUCUGUUGGGGAAGCCCCCGUCCACACUGAGAGCUUACUGCUGUACGAGUCUGCUGCGUCCCCCGGCCCCCCAUACGUCUGCUAUGUGACCCUGCCUGGAGGAAGCUGCUUUGGGAACUAUAAGGUGUGUGACACCCAGGCAGAGGCUCGGCGGGACGCAGCUCGCGUGGCUCUCAUGAACUCUCUUGUGAACGAGCUGCCGUGCCGGCGCAUCAACCCUCAGUUCAUCACUCACAGUUUGGAGCAGGCGGCCACAGACAGUGCUGUGAGCGUCACUAUGGAGGAUUCUUGUGAUUCAAGCACCAGUAUAGGAACCUACAGUUUGCUGCUUCAUUCCUACAAAGGAAAGACAAUGUUGGAGUUUCAGGAGAUGAUGACAAUUUUCCAGUUGUUGCAGUGGAACGGGACACUGAAGGCUCUGAGGGAGAGGCAGUGCUCUCGGCAGAGUGUGAUUUCCUAUUACUCCCAGAGAGGACUUGAUGAGUACAUGCGCAGCAGCAUGGCUCUGGAUUGGCUGGGGCGGGAGCAGAGGUCAGCGGGGCGCCUGGGGGAGGAGCUGCAGGUGGCGCAGAGGGAGCUGGUGUUUGCCCGCCGCCGAGGCAUAGAGCUGCGCUUCUACAAGGAGAAGACAGAGAUCCUCAGCUUGGCUCUGAGUCAGGCAUACAUUCACCACACACCUGAGGCCUUCAGUGAGGCGUCCAGUCACCCAUACAAACAAGAAGAACUUCCUCUACACACAUUAUUCAGCCACAUCACAGACGUCCAGAUAACCCCACCCUGCAGUCCUUCCACCCCUCCAGAAAACACAAAGAAAACAGUCUGUCACACCUCUGGCAAACACUUCAGCUCAUAACAGUCCUGCUCCGUGCUCACAGUACACAUUUCUGCCUUGAUUUUAAAAUAGACUGAAGCCGAAAGUAAAGGAUGGACUUUGUCUUUGUAAUAGAUCUAAAACUCUUUCACUGGAGAGGUCACAUCACAUCUAUGUAAGCAUAAGAGUUCUGUGAAAAAGAUUGUGCUAAGUUUUGUCUAAAUAUUAAUGUUCUAACCUUACUUACACUCUUUUGUGACUAUAGAACAAGGAACUUGAGCUAGAUAGGGUAUUUAAAUCUCCUACACACCAGAAA